AGUGGCACAGACCUGAUAUCUCAAAAACCUCGUCGCGACGUCGUACCAAGCUAGUUAUGUCGUUCUCUUUUUCUCUCCUCGUUGGUCAGUUCGAAUUCGUUUCUCAUACGCGUUGGUUUCCAAACCAAAAGUGGAGGGACUCCUAUCUCAUUACUCUUUAACGCUCCACCUUCUUUUAAAAGUUUGCUUCAUUCUCUCAAUCAGUUCCGGAGUGUCAACCGUACAUAUCGUUGCUCUAUCAUGAAUCUUGAGUUCUGACAUGGAUUAUCAGCUAGACUUGUAAUUUUAAAGCAAUAUAUCCAGCUAUUUUAUUUUCAUAUUUUAAAAAGUCAAUUACUUUAAUUGAGUAAAAAAUUGCUAAGUGAAAAACAACUUUUUUGUUGUAUAAUUUAUUGACGUUGGUAAACAUCAAUUUAGAAGAGAUGAUUGAGGACGCGGCAAUGCUCGAUGUGAGUACAUGUGACCGAAGGUCAGGGAUUAUAAUUAACAGAAGUAAUGAAAGCGAUUAGCAUAAUUCAUUCGAUAAACGAAUCGAUAAAUCGAUUUAUCUAAUCAUAAUUUGCUUAAUAAAUGAUUUAUGGUUGUUCUCAUCGUGUUAAGAAAAACAUUAUUAUUAAAAAAGCACACAGAGGUCAUCUUAGUGAUGAGAUAGCAGCAUGAAUAAAGCUCUAUAACAUGAAACAAUUUACUAUUCUUAUAUACUCUUCGACAUCUAUCAAGCCGACGUGUCGCCCCAAGUUAUAUUGAACAAGGAAACAUGUGCGUGCCUUGUCAACAUACCUGAUUGAAACGUCCGGGAGAAAUUGAAAUUGCAUUAAGGGAGGGAGAGGGAGACAGAUAAGGAUCUCUGAGGUGCGCCAAGAGGUGUAAUGCAUGCUCGAACAGUCAGAGAAAGAUUAUCAUCAAAGAAUGUAGCUCAUAAUUCAAUUUCUAUUUCUUUUUAAAGAAAAACUGAUUGAUUUUAGUAUAAUAUAGUUUACGAUAUUUUAACAAGUUGAUGGGAUAAAUAUCAUAUCAAUUCCUGAAAGUAAUUUAGUGAUAAAAAGUAUAUAUUAAAAUAUUUUUAUUUUUUUUUUUAGCUUUACUUCACUUUUUGACAUUAAUAAUUAUUAUUAAAUGUUCAUGUAAUAACGCGUUCUUUUCAUAAAUACAAGUAAUGAUAAUAUUAUUUUUAAAAUGAAUAUUUUAGGAAAUGACAGAGGAGCUUUUGUUCUCAGCGUUGGGUUUGAAAAUGGAGGAAAACGGUUUAAAUGAAAUUUCUCCUACAUCAACAAGUUCACUACCAUAUGAUUAUGAAACACCAUGUAGAAUAAACUUUCAUGAAAACUCGGAUUUGAUAGAAAAUCCAACAAACACUACGAACUCAUUGGAAUGCUAUACUGAUUUGACUUGUUCCCCGGAAGUUUCUUGGAGUGAUUGGACUUCAGCAAACUUCUCACAAUCAUCUCCACGUACAAAUGAACUCAAUGAAUUAGACACUGAGUUUGACUGGUGUCUAGAUAAGACCUGGAAUUCUGGUUUACCUGAAAGAACACCGCUCUGUACGCCAGGAUGUGAACGAUUCCUUCAUUUACCUCUCCCUAAAGUUCAACAAGAACAGCAGCAAAAUUUUCAACAUGAUGAACCACUUUUAGUCCUAGGAAUCGAUCUGAGAUCGUUGGAAAAUAAUUCUAGUGUGGAUUUUAAUAAUAAUACUUUGGAAGAGAACCUACUCUUUUCAUCACCAGCUAAUGCAGCUCUAGCAACUCAUGAUUAUACUAAUCGUAGCUUAGAAGGUAGCCCUGAUGAUCGCUGUUUUCCAUGUACCUAUCAGGGAUGUUUAAAAGUUUAUGCAAAAGCAUCGCACUUAAAGGCUCAUCUUCGACGACACACUGGAGAAAAACCAUUUGUCUGCACUUGGUCUGGAUGUGAUUGGCGUUUCAGCCGAUCUGAUGAACUAGCAAGGCAUCGGAGAUCUCACUCCGGAGUAAAACCUUAUCCAUGUGAGCUGUGCUCCAAAAGAUUUGCAAGGAGUGAUCAUUUGGCUAAACAUCGGAAAGUCCACAGAAAAAAUGCUUAUUCCAUUUUCCCUAAUGGUCGAGGAUUUCGAGGAAAGAUGAAUGUUGUUCCAACCAAAGUUUAAGAAUAUCACUCCAAAAUGAUAAUGUAUCAAUGAGUUCAAUGGGAAUUUUGAAGGAAUUUACCAAAGAAAUGUGCCAACAUCUCCACAGUAUCAAUGAAUCAAGAAUCAAUAGAAACAACUAUCAAUAGAUUACAAAUAAUAAGAUAAAUAUUUUUUAUGUCUAUCGUAGAUUAAGUUAUUUAAAGAUUGUCAAUGUUUCGGUUGAAUUGCAACUAUAAAGACAAUUACUUAAGAGCUAAAUAAAUGAAUUAAUAAUAAUGUUUGUCAAUGAUAAAAAAUUAUAAAAUUUAAUGACUAAAUUGCAACUAUUAAGACAGCUGAUUUGAUAAUGGUAAAAUAUCUAAUGAUUCAAAAUUAAUUUAAAGAUAACUAAAAUAUUAACAAUUUAUUUACCUGAAUGUUUGGCAGUUAUAUUAAUACUAAGAACUUUUUUUUGACUACUGAAGCAUUUGAUAAGUAAUAAAAGAUAAUAAUAAAAUUU